AUGGACCUGCCUGAAGAGAUGAUAGUGCUAAUUCUCUCCUGGCUUCCCGUGAAAUCCUUAGUCCGAUUUAUCUGCGUUUCUAAAAGCUUCCAUUCUAUCAUUCUCCAAUUGCAAGCUGCUCGUGACCGCAAAACCCUGAGUCCUAGACUCCUCUUCCCCAUUGACUGUCCUCGAUUCGAAUCCAUAGACCUGGAGACGCCGUCGUUUGGAGAUAAUUCGUCUGUUACAAAGCUCAAUUUUCCUUUCGAGCCAGUGGCCGGUGGUGCUGUCGAGCUACUGGGCUCAUGCAAUGGCAUUGUGUUUCUUGUCUUUAAUGAUCAGAUAUAUUAUAUGUGGAACCCUUCAACUGGGUUCUUCAGGGAAUUACCGGACACGGGUGUUUCCUUUGGGUCUUAUAAUGAUCGUAUCAUUUUUUCUGGCGUUGGCUAUUUGCCGGCCACCGACGACUACAGAGUAAUUGUAGCCUACGAUGGUGUGGUUGAUUUCCCUGAUAUGUGCGCCAUGUUCUCGUCAAAAGCUAACGCUUGGAAAACCUUUGAGGUUUCCGAUACCGAGAUAGAUGUGAUAUCUGAUCAGGGGACUUUUAUUAAUGAGGCACUUCAUUGGCUCCUUUAUGAAAAGGAAAUCAUGGCUUUCGAUUCGGCACAGGAAGAGGAACACAAAGUCAGAAAAAUGUUACUUCCCAAGGAUUUCGAUGGGCACCAUUUCCCGGAGUAUGAACUUUCCGCUGGAGAAUGCCUGCUUCUUGCCGAUUUUGAUAAGGCAAAUCAAUACAUUGAUGUAUGGGUCAUGAGAGAAUAUGAUGUGCCUGACUCAUGGACUAAGCUGUUUAACUUGAAGUUUUCAUACCCUCCUACGGGGGCUGCAGGCUGGCUCCGUGGCCUCUUUGUUAUGGGAACUAGUACUCUUUUCAGGACAUCUGACCGGAGUGAGAAUGUUUCCGUGAAGAUUCUUCACAAAGGAGACGACUGUGGGUUCUAUAAGGUUGAGGGCAUGGGUCAUAAAAUGAUCCAAUAUCAAGAGAGUCUACUUCGGAUAGAUGAUUAG